AUGAUGAAAAAUAGUUUCGUAUUCAUAUUUAUUCUUUUAACUUUAUCAUAUAUAUUUUGUGAUCCUAUUGAAUUAUCAGAAAUAAUAAUUCUUGAACAUACACCAAUUGGUCAUCUAUUAUUAACACUUAAUCCUUUAAGAACACAAGAAAAAUAUUCAUAUCGUUUUGUUAAUAAUAAUUAUCGUGAAAUUCAACAAUAUUUUUCUUUAAAUUCAUCAACUGGUCAAUUACAUAUUGUUAAUGAUAUUGAUCGUGAAAAAAUUUGUUUACAUCGUUAUAAUAAAUGUAAAUUUUUAUUAAAAAUUUUCGAAUUAUAUCAGGAAACACUUUAUCAUAUACCAAUAUUAAUUGAAGAUAUUAAUGAUCAUCGACCUAUAUUUCCGUAUGAAUCAUCAAUAAUUCAAUUACAUAUAUCGGAAAAUUCGCCACCAUAUCAAUCAAAAUUAUUUAUUCAACAAGCAUAUGAUCAAGAUCAAAUAGAUAAUCAAAAGCAAUUAAAAUAUCAAUUAAAAACUGUCGAUAAAAAUUUUCCAUUUCGCCUUGAAACGAACAUUGACAUAUCAAAUCGUUUAGCACUUGUCCUUAUUCAACCACUUGAUCGUGAAAUCAUUGAUUCAUAUAAUUGUACAUUACAUGUAACAGAUACUGCUGAACAUGAUGAACAAUUACAUAUUAUUAUUAUCAUCGACGAUGUCAAUGAUCAAUCACCAAUAUUUGACAGUGAAAUCUAUUCUGUUGAAUUAUCAGAAAAUACUUCAAUCAAUACAACUAUUCUUCGAGUUCACGCUUAUGAUGCUGAUAUUGGUUUAAAUGGAGAAAUAAUUUAUGAUUUUAUAGAUGCUUCAAAACAAUAUUCUAAUACAUUUUCAUUAGAUAAACAAACAGGUCUUAUUCAUCUUCGUUCAUUAGUUGAUUAUGAACAACGUUCAUCAUAUAUAUUUUAUAUUCAAGCACGUGAUUUAGGUAAAGAACCACGUUCAUCUCAAACAUUAGUUAAUAUAACUAUAUUGGAUGAAAAUGAUUGUGCACCAAAAAUAAGUUUUCGUUUUCUACCUGAAAUAAUCUAUACACCAUCAAAAUCUCUUAUUGAAAUCUCUGAAUAUUAUCCAAUUGAUAAAUUUUUUGCACAAAUAAUUGUAACUGAUGAUGAUAGUGAUUAUCGUGGACAAACACGUUUAUGGUUUGAAAUAAAUGAUCUAGAAAAACACAAUGAUCAAUCAUUUUAUUUAUAUCAAAUAGAUAAUUCAACAUAUUUUUUUAAUCGUACAAAAUCCUUUGAUUUUGAAUUACAACAAUCAUAUUCUUUAAUAUUUUAUGCACAAGAUUUUGAUAGAAAAAAUCCAUUAUUAACAAAACAAAUCUUAACAAUAAAUAUUCUUGAUGAAAAUGAUAAUUAUCCAAAAUUUUCUCAUCCAUUUUCUCAUUUAAAAAUAAAUGAAAAUAAUCAAAUAAAUAGUUUCUUAACACAAAUUGAAGCAUAUGAUCCUGAUAGUGGUGAAAAUGGUCGUUUAACAUAUGAAAUAUUAACAAAUGAAACAUCUUUACCAUUUUAUAUUGAUAUAAAUACUGGUAUGCUCUAUUGUUCAAUAUCUUUAGAUCGUGAAAAACGUGAUCGUUAUGAUUUUCAUAUAAUUGCACGUGAUCAUGGUUAUCCAUUAAGUUUAUCAACAAAUAUUCAUAUACGUAUUGAUAUAAAUGAUUUAAAUGAUAAUAAACCAAAAUUUGAAUAUGAUAAAUAUGAAUUUUCAAUUGAAGAAAAUUCCUAUCUAUCAAAAUCAAUCGGUUUUAUACGUGCAUAUGAUUUAGAUUUAAAUACAAAAUUAAUUUAUUUUAUUGAAAAUGAACAAAAAUAUAAAUAUCCUUUUUUUAUAAAUCAAAAUGGACAAUUGUUAAUACGAAAUUUUAUUGAUCGUGAAAUACAAGAUUUAUAUUUAUUAAAUAUAACUGUAUCAGAUAAUUAUUUUAAAACAACUGUUCCUGUUAUAAUAAGAAUUUUAGAUAUAAAUGAUUGUAUACCAAUAUGGAAUAAACCAUCAGAAAAUAAUACAAUAUUAAUUAUAAAUCGAGAUCGUAUUACAAUUGGAACACCUAUUGUUACAAUUGAAGCUAUUGAUCAAGAUGAUAAAACAAAUGGAAAUGGUUUAGUUACUUAUACAAUUGAAGAUAUUGAACCAUCAUAUGAUGAUUUUUUAUUUUUAUCAAAUACAGGUGAAUUAAUAUUAAAUUCUACACCUUCAAUAGGACGUUAUUGUGUAUUAAUUAAAGCUAAAGAUAAUGGAAAAAUAAUACAAUAUUCAUCAUUAAUACAAUUUUAUUUAUUAAUUGGUGAUAAUAAUACAAAUGGAAGUUUAUUUUAUGAUUUAAAUACUAAUGAAAAUUUUUUUAAAUUAAAUUCUUUAUCAACAACAAAACGUGUUUUUUUAUUGUCAACAUUUUUUAUAUCUAUAGCUAUUAUUCUUGCAUUUAUUGUUUGUUUAAUAUUAAUACUUCUAUGUCGAUAUCGAAGACAAAAAUAUUUAUAUUAUAUUAAAUGUAAAGCUGCACAAGCCGUAGCAAAUAAUACAAAUCAUUCACAUGAUCAAACAAUGAUUAUUGUUGAAAAUCGACUAACAGAUAUUGAUGAAAAAAAUUCAAGUUCGAAUUCAUCAAAAUUAAGUUUGGAAAAUCUUCAUCAAAAACGUCUUAUUGAUCAUUCGUCAUCGCCUUCUUAUACAGAUGUUGAUGAAUGGACUGAUGAACAACAACAACAACAACAACAGCAAAGAUCAAUAAUUGAUGAUAAUAAUGAAUGGUCAAUUGAGAAAAUUCUGUAUCCCGAUUGGUUGUAUAAAAGUUCAAUAACACCAGCAGCAACACAAAAGAAUUUAAAUACAUCAACGUUUAUUGAUUUUAAUUCUUAUCGAACAUUUGAAACAAAUGGAAGUACAACAAGUAAUAGUAGUAAUGGAAGACGUACAAUGUCGUCAUCAUUAACAUCUAAUGGACAACCAUCACCGAAACAAGUUCGUUUUGGUUGUCAACAAGAUAUUGAUGAACAAGCACGUUCAUAUCCACAUUUAAGUACAACUAUUAAACAAUUGAGAACAGGUAUAAAAACUACAACUAUUUUACAAAAUGAUGCACAUGAUACAUUUAUUUAA